CUACUUUUCUCUGAUUCUUCUGGAAAAAACACCUACCAAAUCCUGGGUUUUACUCCUUUUCCCCGGCACAUACUAAUCGAAAUUUAAAAAUGAUGAACCCUCCGAUUUCAUAUGUGCACUCGUAACUUUGGUUUUCGCUUCUUCCUUUUUUUGCUACCAUAGAUUGAUUUCCUGUUUUGCCCCUUUCUUUGGACGUUAUUUCUGCUGUGUGUGAAAUUGGCUAAAGGUUUAAUCUUUGGUUUGAUUGUUUUAUCCAUUUUUGCAGAUAUGCCGGUGUUAAGUCCCUCCUUGUGCAUUGGUACACAACCAUUGGUGCAACUCCUUCCUUGCUCUAAUCAUUUUCCAGCUAAUGGAAAACUUCAUGGGCGUUAUUACCAAACAAUAGUUUCUAUGCAGCUCGGACCGUUGAGCCAGAGAAAAAUUCAUUCUCUCAAGGCGAUUGGGAAUGGCGCAGUGCAUCCCUUUGUUAAGAAAGGAUUUGGUUUCGGCACUAAGAGCAAAAGAUCUGUCUUUUCAUGUAACGCUGCGCUGAAUGCAAAAUGCAGUCAAGGGCAAACACAGACUGUUACACGGGAAUCACCAACAAUCACACAAGCUCCUACUCGUGAGAAAUCCCCAAAGCUUGAUGACGGAGGAAACGGGUUCCCGCCUCGAGAUGGUGGUGGUGGUGGUGGUGGCGGAGGCGGUGGGGAGAGCUUUUCAGGUGGAUUCUUCCUUUUCGGGUUUCUUAUGUUCAUGGGAUACCUGAAAGAUCUGGAGGGCGACCAUGAAAACAGCCAGUAAAUGGGGAAAUAACAAUGAUGCACAAUAGACAAAUCUCAAGACAGAGUACUACUCUCCGACCAGAGAUAAUAGGAUUCUUGUAAUAGCAACAGGCAGAGAUGUUGUGUUUUCUCAGUUGGGUUAUGAAUCAAGACAGAUUCGUGUUUUUUUUUGACACAAACAAAUCUCAUCUUAUACAAAUGUUGGAUGGAAUCAGAUUUCGGAGAUGCAGAGUCACACACAUGAAUAACUUCAAAAAACAAUCCAUCUUUUCUUUUGUGUUUAAAAGUUUGCCUUAAGCUAUUGGAAAUGUUCAAUGCUAGCAAUUGGCAAAAGGGACAAGUCCACUUAAAAAAAACAAAAAAAAAACAUUAUUUUGCUUAGUAUUUAGGCAGGACACAAUCAACAUAGCUAGUAGCCUUUUAAGUGGUCUAUGUAAAUCAAAGCGGUUCGAGUCACUGGCCGGAGUAAUGGAUAGCAGGGUUGGUCGCCAUCAUCCUAGGAUCGGGCAUCAUUUGUCGCCGCAUGAAAUAAGGUGGAGCUUGUCUGGCGAUAUUGUUUUGCAUCACUGGUGGUGGUGGUCCUCCUGGAUCUUGUUGAUAUGGUUGCAUCGUUGAUUGUUGUUGCCGCUGUUGUUGCCCUUGUUGCUGUUGUUGCCGCUGUUGUUGCUGUUGUUGCCGCUGUUCUUGCUCUUGCCGCUGUUGUUGCUGUUUUUGCUGUUGCUCCUUUAUUUUUUUUACAUCGAUAGGCUGAAAAGCCUUUGCUUGACUUCUGAAACACCCUAAAAGAAGAUACAUUCUUAUAAUCCCAUCCUUCUUCCUCGUCGUCAUUCCUUGGGUUUUAAGUUCCAUGGGUCUAGGAUCAGGAUCAGGAUAUGAACCAGUGUUACCAGAAGAAGAAGAGUCGUCUUCUUCUUCAUCACUGAUGAGAUCCUCAACCUUGUAAUUCACUGUGACAAGCUCUGUUUUUU